CUCAAGCAGAACAGGAAACAAGAGCGCGGUGGUAGUCGAGCCGAAGCGAUAUAAGCAAGCAGCAGUUUGAGCUCUGCGACUCCUUAGAUACAAAAACCUGCUUCAAGGUCGUGUGAGAGAAAUCCGAUGACGGGGAAACAAAAUCAGGCAAGUAGACAAAAUGUUUCUCCCACACUGGAGCGUCAAGGAGACGAUGAAGAGCUGUAAAUACACUGAGUGAUUCAUGGAUAAAAACAUUGCCUGAUAUGGCAAACCGAGAUUGCUAGGCGACAUCAGACUGACGCCGAGUUGAGCUCCAAGAUGUCAGCACCUUAACACAGAGGCCACGCGGGUGCACCGGAGCAUGGAGCUUGUGUCAGUGCAGUACGACUAUGAGUACAAAGCGAAGGAUGGUCGCCUUGUUUCCAUCAAGCCUAAUGAGAGUUACAUCCUCGUCUCUAAGACUAAUGAGCACUGGUGGCACGUCCGCAAAGACCAGCACACCAGGCCCUUCUACGUCCCUGCACAGUAUGUGAAGGAGCUCCCAUCACUCACUGAGGACUCUCCGGGUCCUAAUAAGCUGGAUUCACCUGAGUGUGUGACUAACAGUAAGCCAGCAGGUAUGGCUAAUACAACACCAGCAAGUGGAGCGAUUAAACUAUCAACUCAUGGUGCUUCAAGAGAGACAUACCGGUUCUCCACUUUUGGAUUCUGUGAGGAGGUACCAGAUAUAAAACCCUGCAAGCCUCUGAACGAAGGACAGACCACCAGCAGCUUUGCACACACCCUGGAUAAUAUAAAGACACACAAUUCAACAGGAGGCUUUUCAUCUGACUCAGCAUCUCUGGAAACCGACGACUCCUCGCAGCUGUAUGCAAAACCUCAUCCUGUGCCAAAGGUCAAAAAUGGACAACGGCAGUCAAAAAGCCCACCACAGGAUGAUAAAGUAGAACAGAACCAGACUUUUCAACAAGAUGAAGACAUGGACUUUCCUUUACCACCUGAUUUACCAGUCUAUGACAGCAUACCAGAGAUAAACGUCACACAGUUUGAAGCUUUUCCCGAGCUGCCUGAUCCUGACGCAUCAGACGACACAUGUGAGCAGCAGAGUUUGACUCAAACCUCCUGUACAGACGCACUUUCUACUGAGCAGGUGAAGAAUGAAAGUCUUCGAUCAGCCGUGUACGUCAACGUAGCAGAACUUCGCCAAAGCAUCUCUGAGUCUCCCCCGUCGGGUCCUUCGUCCUACUCUCCUUCCUACCUUGACCCAGAGGGAUGGGAGGUGCAUGUUGACGAGGAAAGUGGACAGGAGUACUACUACCACCCCACGACAGGGCGCACCACUUGGGACAACCCCUUUCUAGACUCCCCCACAGACCCUGAGUCGCUCCGCGUGGAGGAGACUUGUUCCCCGUCGCCUACUCCGUCUCCUUUAUUUUCUCCAUCCACCGCCAGUCCUCCUUCUGCGUGGACCUCAGACUGGGAAGAGUUGGUGGAUGAGACCAGUGGUCGGCCCUACUUCUACAACCCAAUGUCUGGGGAGACGUCCUGGGAGCCUCCAGAGCAGCUGAGCCCAUAUCCCCCUCUGAUGGAGCCUAUGAGUGUGCACAGGUUUCACGAGGACGGGCCGCCUCCUCUACCUGAGGAAGACUAUCCCCCGGAGGAUUACCCAACUGCCGACCAACGAGAGUCCUACGAAGACCUCCUCGCCACGGGCCCUUCCACUCUACCUAAAGAGUACACCUUCAGCCAUGUGAGCCGGACCGUCAUCCCGAGGGCCAACCUGGACCGCAGUACCCCGGCUGGUUGGACCCUCACCGUGGAUCCCAACGGGACCUGGGUGUUCACCAGUGAACACUCUCCAGAGCAGUGGAUCAAGUCUGUGGAUGAUCGAGGGCAGACCUACUACUAUCUGAGAGACGGCUCCAGGUCUCUUUGGACGCUGCCUGAGGCUCCUGCAGCUCAUGGCCAGUCCAGGAUGGAGAACGGGUUGGAAGCGGAAAACGUGUCGGUGAUCAAAAACUGGAGACACACCAUGGGACCUUCGCAGUUCAACUUGGCCCCGGAUGACGGGAGGUUCGUCCCAACUCACCGGAGGAACACGUCAGACUACAGCAGCGACAGCUCCAGCACAGGAAACUCUCCGGAGACGCAGCAUAAUGUACAAAACUUAGAGAAAGCCGGGAUCCUCAACAAAACUAAAGUGUCUGAGAACGGCAAGAAAGUGAGGAAAAACUGGACCCAGACGUGGACGGUUCUCCACGGAGGAGUGCUGACGUUCCACAAAGACCCAAAGUCUGCAGCCAUGGGGGCCUCGAACAAGACAAAUCAGAUCGUCCCAGAGUUCACGGUGGAGCUACGGGGAGCGACGAUUGGCUGGGCCUCAAAGGACAAGUCCAGCAAAAAGAAUGUUUUAGAGUUAAAAGGGAAGAACGGCGUGGAGUUUCUGAUACAGUACGACACAGAAAGCAUCAUCAGCGACUGGCACAAAGUCUUAACGGACACCAUACGACAACUGGAGUACCAGGACCAUCAUUCAGAGGAGGAGGACAGCGACUUAUACGAGAAGAUCGGCAGCACAGAUGUGGCACGAGACGACAAGUUUGGAAGCACCGUAGACAAACGAAGACCCUCCAGACCGUCUGUCACACACUCGUCCAGCUCUGGAGGAGAUGCAGACCAGAAGAGGGUUCGAACCAAGCUGAUGAAGUUCCUCAUGAAACGGCCCACGCUGCAGUCUGUCAAGGAGAAAGGCUACAUCAGAGAUAAUGUGUUUGGGUGUCAUCUGGCCACGCUGUGUUCACAAGAGAGGACUACAGUUCCCAGUUUUGUGGAGAAAUGCAUCAAAGCUGUAGAAAACAGAGGUUUGGACAUCGACGGACUCUACAGAGUGAGCGGGAACCUCGCCGUCAUCCAGAAACUACGCUUCAAGGCCGAUCACGAGGAGCUGGACCUCGAGGACGGCCAGUGGGAGGACGUUCACGUCAUCACCGGAGCGCUGAAGCUGUUUUUCCGAGAGCUUCCCGAGCCGCUUUUCCCGUUCAGCCACUUUAAUAAGUUCAUCGCAGCCAUCAGAAUUCCUGAUUACAACACAAAACUGUCUUGUGUUUAUGAACUGGUCAAAACACUCCCCCCUUCAAAUCACGACACCAUGAAACUUCUUUUUGGGCAUUUACGCAGGGUCAUCCAAUUCGGGGAGGACAAUCGCAUGACCGUGCAGAAUGUGGCAAUCGUAUUUGGCCCGACUCUGCUUCGGCCGGAGACGGAGUCGGCCAACAUCACCAUGCACAUGGUCUUUCAGAACCAGAUAGUGGAGUUCAUCCUGAACGAAUACGAGCGUAUCUUCUACUCCAGCUAAAGCAAGACCCCGGGAACACAAAGUGCUGAACGUGCUCGAGUUAUUUGAAGUGCUAGAUUUACUUUUGCAUGCACAUAAACAGCUUCAAGUGCAACAUAAAAACCCCCUCUUGUAAAAUAAGUUUAAAGGGCUCUUCAAGUUUUCUUCGCUUGGAAUAUUUGAGGUUUAACAACGUUUAAAAAGAAAAUAGAUAAAGGGAUCUUCAAAUGGUCUUUGCUGAGAAUAUUUGAAGCAUGUUUUAACCUCUGUUUGUCCAGUUUUACUCCGUAGGAGGCUGACACUGUUAGGACUAUAUUUGGCAGUAUUGUUAGAUUGGAAAUCGAGCCAGACGGAUGUCGGUGGUUCGGUUUUGGUCUCAGAGCUAAUUGAACUUGUUUUGUUUGCGUGACUGUGUCAGAUCGCUCUCGGAGACUCGAGCUGUCUUGAUCUCGCGAGAUUUUAACUGUUUAUUUGUGUUGUUUUGUUGUUUUUUUUGUCUAAAUCGCAGCGAUAACUGAACCCAAGUCAAACCCGGACGGACACAUUAAUACUCUCUUUAAGUCUGUGAUUGCUUCCAUCUUUAUUUUUAGAACGUUUAAUGACCUUUAAAUAUUUGUUUUGAAUUUGAGAUUACAGUAUAUCACGUAUGGCAAUAACUGAGAUUCUAAUAUUGUGUUUUGCUUCCCAGUCUCAUUUUUACCCAUGAAUCUUAUUGUAAUAUAGAAAUGUAUAAAAAGAAAUAUUAAUACCAACAUCUCGCUGUGAAGUAGAUGGUGACAUAGAAUACUUGUGCAACCUUUUAGAUUGUUUUCCACUGAACCCCAUUUUUAUUUUCAAUCAUGCUGUACUUGAAGAAGAAACUGUAUAAUAACACCAUAGAAAUAUAAACUAGUACGUUUGACCAGGAAACAGAAAAGUGGAUUCUAGAAAAAGAUGUACGACCUGUAAAUAGAAAUAGAUGCAUAUUUAUGCUGGAAGUUGUUGAAAAUGCACAAGUUAUUCCUUAAUAAAAAAUAACUUUG